AUGGCAAGCGCGGAUUCCGUAGAGCAUACAACAACAGUAACAACAGUAACAACAUCAGCUAAUUCGGUGACUGAUACACCAUCAGCAACAUCAACUGAUUUGGUGACUGAUACACCAUCAACAACUUUGCCAAGAACAACAUCGAUGACAAGCACGAGUGAGGCGAAACAAAUUACAGUUAUUGAACUUGUUGGGUCUGGAGGUAUGGAUAAACUCCAAAUUAAACAGAAACCAUAUCCAGUUAUGAAGGACGACGAUGUUAUAAUACGCGUGCGAUUUGCAGGCCUGAAUUUUGCUGAUUUGAUGAGAAGACAAGGAAUUUAUUCACCAGCACCGAAAACUCCCUAUGUUCCAGGAUUCGAAGCAUCCGGUAUAGUUGAAGCUGUUGGGACAAAUGUAAAAAAUUUCUCGGUUGAUGAUCGUGUUAUGGUGUUUGCUGGGGAUGGUCUUUGGAAAGAUGUUAUAUGUGUAAAUUAUAACAGUUGUGUUAAAAUGCCGGAAAAUAUGUCAUUCGAAGAUGCUGCAGCGUUACUUGUGAAUUACAUAACGGCUUAUCAUAUAUUAUUUGAAUUUGGUAAUUUAAGAGAAAACAAAUCUGUUUUAGUUCAUAUGGCUGCAGGCGGAGUUGGAAUAGCUGCUAUUCAACUGUGCAAAACAGUUUCAAAUGUAACCGUAUAUGGCACAGCAUCAGCCGCCAAACACGAUAUUAUUAAAGAAAUUGGCUGUACACAUCCGAUUGAUUAUCGUACACAAAAUUAUGUAGAAGAAGUAAAAAAACUAGCACCAAGUGGGGUUGAUAUCAUAAUGGAUCCAUUGAACGGUGCCGAUAGCGUUCAUGGUUUUCAUUUACUUCGUCCGUUUGGCAGAAUUAUUUAUUAUGGUGCAGCGAAUGUGGCUGCUGGUGGCGAGAAUCGUUCAUUGCUAACAGCUAUGAAAACAUGGUUCAAAUGUUUCUCAACAAAUUCAUUUGACAUCAUGCAAACAAAUAAAGCGAUUUGUGGAUAUCAUCUUGGGUAUUUAUUGAAAAAUGAAAAAGAGAUUACUGAUUUAGCUCGUACAGCGAUUGAAAACUUAUUAAGGUUAUAUAAAGAAGGUUUAAUAAAACCAAAAAUUGAUCAGAUAUUUUCUUUUUCAAACGUGGGAGAGGCUAUGCAUCGUAUGCAUUCACGACAAAAUAUUGGUAAAAUAUUAUUAACGCCAGAUGAAGCAUUUAAGAAUGAUGCUAAUGUAGGAAUCAAAGCAAUGCCAGCAACAACUGUACCAGAAGAACAUAAAAGUGAAUAA